AUGUCGUUGCAAGAAGUGGCUCUGGGUCGCAUUACGAAAAGCAACACCCACAUGGUUAUGGUGGCGGUGGCCCUGCGCCCAGUGUACCAUGAAACGAAGCAAUUGAUCGGCAAGGAAGGAAAGACUUUUUGGAAGGCAAUCGUUCGUCUGGUGGAUCAAAAGGGACAGGGGCUCUAUGCAGAAAUCAAAGCCUCUGAAUCCAUUGCGCGAAAGCGAGCCCAGGAAUUUUUCCAGCCCAAGUUCAUCCAGUUGACGCAAGCUGUUGUAGUGGAGAAUUCGCCUUUUUUGUCUGGCUUUUCUACUGACGUCACGAACAAGGGAAAGGCAUUGCCCGUGGCAGAGGCACACGCCACUGCGAUGAAGUUGCGGGACAUGUUCCCCAUUGUCAAGUCCAAUUUCGGGGUGUUGACGCAACGUUCUGAGGGAAGAGAAAGGGCAGAUUUAAUCGGCAAAGUUACCCAGAAGGAGACGCCUGCGAUGAAAGUGCUGAAGGUGACUCUGUGGUUGAAGGAUGAGUCUGGACAAGAGCUUGUAGUGCGUCUCUGGAGGAAAUCGCCGUUGGCUAGGUAUGCUUUGUUGUCAAAGAUACCUGCCGGCAUUGAGGCCAGUUGCGGGCACUGGGCAGAUAGCAGCAAGAACAUGUUCAGUGCUCUGCAUGACAAUCCCACAGGAUCUCGUUUUGGGAAAUUGCAGGCCUUGGCAGAGACUCGAGGCGAGGCGCUCUCCGUGCCUUGGCUCCAGACGGCUUCGCGUCGGAUGGUGUCGGAUGGAUCGGAGAAGUUCAUAUCUGGCUGCGCUACUGUCUCUUCAUGCUCUUUGGCGCCGACGGAUGCGAUGCUGGAGGCGCAGGACAACUUCAUCGAAGUGCAGUUGAACAGCGUCUGGGUCACGGGCAUUCUGGGGGAUCCAAUGUACGUUCCGCGCAAGAACUGUGGGUUAAAGGUUGACCCGGUCGCUGGACAUUGCAAGCGCCACGCACAGCAGGGCUGCCAAACCAUCCGCGAAGAAGUAUCGUCCUUUUUGGCUACUGUGACCUUGGCUGAUCACACAGGAGAACUGGAUCGGGUGUUGGUGGACGGGGAUCAGUUGCAGUUGCUAAGAGUAAGGCUGAACUGCUCACCCUCUUGA